GUUUAAUCACAGUGAUUCAAGAACUGAGAAACAGAUGGGCAAAAUACUUUGAGUAACUGUUGAAUAGACCAGCUCAAUUGAAUCCACUGGACAUCGAAGCAGCAUGCACAGAUCUUCUUAUAGAUGUCAGUCCACCAACGAUCGAAGAAAUCAGGAUGUUCAUCAAAUAAAUCAAAAGUGGGAAAGCAGCAGGACCUGACAAUAUACCAGCUAAAACACUUAAGUCAGAUAUUACAGAAACUGAAAACAUGGUUCACCUUCUAUUCAAGAAAAUUUACGAUGGGGGGGGACAAGUGCCGAUGGACUAGAAAGAAAGAUACCUCAUCAAGAUAUCAAAGGAAGGAGACCUGAGAGAAUACGAGAACUACAGAGGCAUCACACUACUGUCAGUACCAGGAGAAGUUUUCAACAGAGUGUUGCUGAAGCAGAUGAAAGACGCAGUAGACGCCCAGCUUUGGGAUCGACAGGCUGGAUUCAGUAGGGAUUGAUCGUGCACGGACCGAAUUGCGACACUACUGAUCAUCGUCGAACAAUCAGUUGAGUGGAACUAGUCACUAUAAAUCAACUUCAUUGAUUAUGAGGCGUUUUAUAAUGCGGACAAAAGAACAUUAUGGAGUUCCUGAAAUUACCAACAUUAUCCGGAACUCAUACGACGGAAUACAGUGCAAAGUCGUGGAUGGAGGACAGCUGACAGUUGCAUACCUAGUAUGAACUGGGGUCACAAGGUUGUCUGAUCUCUCCCUUCCUCUUCUUUCUGAUGGUUGACUAGAUUAUGAAGACUUCAACAGACAUGAAAAAGAUGAAUUACAUCUGGAAAGGAUUGACCAGGACAGGGUUCGAUGGAGAGUACUGGUGGGCGACCUAUGCUCCUCCACGAAGAGUAACAGCCGUAAAAUCUAGAGAACAACAACGAAUUAGUCGAGAAAUUGAACGUCAAUUACAUAAAGACAAAAGUGCAGGAAGAAAAGAAGUGAAAUUAUUAUUACUUGGGACUGGAGAAUCCGGUAAAAGUACUUUCGUAAAACAAAUGCGAAUUAUACAUGGAGCUGGUUAUACAGACAUGGAAAAAUAUGCUUUUAAAACUUUAGUAUACCAGAAUAUCUUUCUAGCCAUGCAAACAAUGUGUGAUGCACUGUGUGCACUUUCAAUAGAAUUAGAAUAUCCUGUAAAUCAAGAAAAUAUAGAACUUAUCAUAAAAGUUGAUCUUGAAGAUUCUGUUGAACUGACACCUGAACGUAUCAAUGCUAUACGUCAGUUAUGGGCUGAUCAAGGAAUGAAAGAGUGCUUUGAACGUAGAAGAGAAUUUCAAUUGUCCGACUCAUCGAAAUACUAUUUGAACAAUUUUGAUAGAAUAGCUGAUCCAGAUUAUUUACCAAGUCUACAAGAUAUUUUACGUGUACGUGUACCAACAACUGGUAUAAUUGAAUAUCCAUUCAAUUUGGAUUCAACGGUUUUCAGGAUUGUGGAUGUGGGCGGUCAAAGAUCAGAACGAAGAAAAUGGAUUCAUUCCUUUGAAAGUGUAACUUCUAUUAUAUUUUUAAGUGCAUUAAAUGAAUAUGAUCAAGUUCUUGUAGAAAAUAAAAAUGAGAUAGAUAGUAAUAACUGUCAUAUAUUAAUGAAGAUAUUUAAGGCUAAUUUGAAGGAAAAUAUCUAUUCAUUAUCACAUGCUAAAUUUGUACAAAUAAUUACGAAUCAUGUUUUAGUAAUAGUCCCGAAUUAUACGAUAAUAGCAAAUGAUAUUACAGCCGAUAAACGUAACUCUCUAACUCAAUUGAAAAUGAAAUUUAGUAUGUAUCUUCCUCUUACAAGCUGGAUAAUCAAUCGAAUGGAAGAAAGUCUUUUACUGUUCAAAACUAUUGUAAAUUACGAAUGCUUUCAAUCAUUGUCAAUCAUAUUGUUCUUGAAUAAAAAGGAUAUUUUGGAAGAGAAGAUACAAUAUUCACAUUUGGUUGAUUACUUCCCGAAAUUUACAGGUCCAAAAAACGACGCAAUAGCUGCACGUAAUUUCAUACUAAAAAUGUAUCAAGAAUUGAAUCUAAAUUCAGGACGACCAAUUUAUUCACAUUUUACAUGUGCUACAGAUACAGAGAAUAUUCGUGUUGUUUUCGUAGCUGUGAAGGAUACUAUACUACAAACAAAUUUAAAAGAAUUCAACCUUGUUUGAGUUUUACGCGCCAGAAUAGUGGAUGUUGUCAUAUAACUAGAAUUCAAUGUGUACUAUGGAAUUCUUGACCAUUUCAAAAAUAUAUUCCUC